UUUCACCCCUGUUAUUGAUCUUAAAAUUUGAUUAAUUUGGUCUAAAUCAAGGAAUGGGAUCGUCUAGGGUUUGUAAUUUGAUGAUCUGAAAACAAAAAUUGUCCCUAAAUUUGGAUCUGGUUCUUGGAUCCUUUUGUCCCCUCUCUCGUAAAUUUUGUUGUAAAAAGGAUAAUAAAUAUUUGGUGGAUAACGAUCUACGGAUUUAUGCCACAAAAUUAGUAAUUUAUGGGUACAGAGUGCAUCUUUAAAGAUGAAACUGAUGUAAUGCCUGCAGUUCCGCCGGGUUUUGCACCACUUACAUCAUUCACGUUGCAAAGAGUCCAAGAAGAUGUUAAGGUUUCUGCAUGUUCUUCCUCUAAUUUCGCACAGAGCCAACGAGAAGACUGUGGUGACACAAGUAGUAGUGAGAAGUUGAAGAAGUCACUUCGACAUAGGCCUUGGGUGAACUAUAGUAAGUUUGAUAAUAGUUCAGAUGAAGAAGAGAAUGGGAGUAAGCCUUAUGAGCGGAGUGCUCCUGCCUAUCGUCCCCUACCAAAAGGGGUUAUUCGAGGGUGUGCUGAAUGUGCCACUUGUCAAAAGGUUGUGUCGAGAUGGAAUCCAUAUGCAGCAUGCAGACCUGUUCUUGAUGAAGCUCCUGUGUUUUAUCCAACCGAGGAGGAAUUCAGAGAUACUCUACAAUAUAUCGAAAGUCUACGGCCAAUUGCAGAACCUUAUGGAAUUUGCCGCAUAGUUCCACCUCAAUCGUGGAAACCUCCCUGUCUUCUCAAAGAGAAGAAUCUGUGGGAAAAUUUAAAAUUUGCCACUCGGGUUCAGCAGAUUAACAAGCUUCAAAAUCGUCCAAGCGCGAAAAAAGCCUUUCAAAGUAAUAUUUUGAGAAGGAAAAGGCCAAAGAUUUUGAAAACGGAAUUAAGUAGUAGUGAAAUAGCUGAAGCUAAUCAAGUUGGACAGAAUCAAAGCACCUACAGGUUUGGGUUUGAACCUGGUCCGGAAUUUGCACUUGAAUCGUUUCAGAAAUAUGCAGAUGAUUUUAAGGAGCAGUACUUUCAGAUGGGUAUGAGUCAGGAUCUCUCUUUGGAUAAUAUUGAAGGAGAAUAUUGGCGGAUAGUCGAGAAGCCAACUGAAGAGAUUGAGGUCCUCUAUGGUGCUGAUUUGGAUACGGGAGCUGUUGGCAGUGGCUUCCCUAAAGCAUCUCCAUCUAUGACAGAUUCUGAACUUGAAAAUCAGUAUGUGAAAUCCGGUUGGAAUUUAAAUAAUCUUCCAAGGCUUCAGGGUUCGGUCCUCUGCUUCGAAAGUGGCGACAUUUCUGGGGUUCUUGUUCCAUGGCUGUAUGUAGGGAUGUGCUUUUCGUCAUUUUGUUGGCAUGUUGAGGACCACCAUCUAUACUCAUUGAAUUACUUGCACAUGGGUGCUCCCAAAAUGUGGUAUGGAGUGCCAGGAAAAGAUGCCUUCAAGCUGGAGGCUGCCAUGAAGAAGUAUUUGCCAGAUUUAUUUGAAGAGCAACCCGAUUUGCUUCACAAUCUUGUGACACAAUUCUCGCCAUCAUUGUUAAAACAAGAGGGAGUACCUGUUUAUCGAUGUGUUCAGCGUGAAGGAGAGUUUGUUCUUACCUUCCCACGAGCAUACCAUUCUGGUUUUAACUGUGGGUUCAAUUGCGCGGAGGCCGUAAAUGUGGCGCCCUUUGAUUGGUUGCCUCACGGGCAGAAUGCUGUAGAGCUCUACCGUGAGCAGGGUAGGAAGAUAACUGUAUCCCAAGAUAAGUUAUUGCUGGGAGCUGCAAGGGAAGCAGUAAGGGCCCAGUGGAAUAUCUUAUUCCUAAGGAGGAAUACCAUGGAUAACUUGAGGUGGAAAAAUGUUUGUGGCUCGGAUGGUCUCCUAACAAGAGCACUCAAGGCACGUAUUGAGAUGGAAAACACACGAAGAGAAUACCUAUGCUGCUCAUCACAAUCAAGGAAAACUGAUGCUUUAUUUGACGCUAAUGAUAGGGAAUGCGCUAUAUGCCACUAUGAUUUGUACCUUUCUGCUGCUGGUUGUCCAUGUAGUCCAGAUAAGUUUGCUUGCCUAAUUCAUGCAAAGCAGCUAUGUUCAUGUGAUUGGAGCACAAGGUUUUUCUUGUUCCGCUAUGAUAUUAGUGAAUUGAAUGUCCUAGUCGAUGCUUUAGGAGGAAAGUUGAGUGCAGUACAUCGUUGGGGGAUUUCGAAUCUUGGAUUGACCUUGAGUUCCAUUGUCGGAAAAGAAAAAAUGCAAGAAAACAAGCCUGUGAUUGUAUCUAAUAAAGAUGGAAAAAAAGAGGAAGUGAGUGGGCAACUUAAUAAUUUAGGAAAUUUAAUUAAUACUGUUAGGAGGCCCAGCACACAUAACGAAUCAGAGAGAUCUCAAAGUAAAAAUGUCGAGUGCUUUUCUCUACAGCAAAGCAAAUCAGCAAACUUAUUGUCUGGAUCGGGUGAUUCUAGAUCGUCAAGUGAUGUUAAGCUAAAAGGGUCAAGCAAAUUGCUUCCUGAUAAAGCUAACGAAGAGCUUUCCUCAGAAAGCUCAAGAAGUCCUUCAAGGUUGAUUGAUUGUGAUGAUAAGGCAACUUCUUCCAAUUUGAACAAGGAUUUAGUUAUUGUAACCCCGGAAACUAAUGCGUCCGCAAUAAAUGAAAAAGACAGCAAAAUGCUGCCUAUUAUUGAAAAGUCUCGUAAUAAUUUAGAUUUGGCAAAGGCGGAGGUGAAAAACCAAGCAUCUGCCACUGUACCCAUAGCAAAACCAAUUUCAAAAUUUUUGGCUGAAAAAGAACCAUGUAGUAGUAGUACUCCAAAUAUUUCUGGUAGAGGAAAAACACCUAGUGAUGAAAGAAUGGAAGAGAAGACAGAAUCAGUUUCUGGUUGUGAAGUGGGGGAUAGAGGGAAUUCAGUUUCGGCGAGUCCAUUUUGUACACAAAAUCGUCCCCAAAAAGGCCCUCGUAUCGCCAAAGUUGUGCGGAGGAUUAACUGCACUGUCGAGCCUCUUGAGUAUGGUGGUGUAUUGUCUAGAAAGCAAUGGUCUACAAGCCAAGCGAUAUUCCCAAAAGGAUAUAAAAGUCGAGUCAGGUACUUGAGCGUUCUUGAUCCGACGCUGAUGUGCUACUACACAUCCGAAAUUCUUGAUGCUGGGUUGCCAGGGCCUUUAUUUAUGGUUUCAGUAGAACAAUGCCCAAGUGAAGUAUUCAUCAACGUCUAUCCGACUAGAUGCUGGGAUAUGGUUAGAGAGAGGGUGAACCACGAAAUCAGGAGACUUCACAGUGUAGGAAGGUCCGAUCUUCCCGCAUUGCAGCUCCCAGGAUCCCUCGACGGUCUCGAAAUGUUCGGUUUAACAUCCCCGGCCAUUAUUCAGGCCAUCGAGGCGCGCGAUCCUCACCGCGCAUGUACAGAAUACUGGCGAUCACGACCUCAUCCACAAAUAACACCAAGUACUUCUGCUGCUGUAAUAAAGGAUCAUGGAUCAAACCCUAAUGGUAGGGGAGGCGGUCGACCAAGGUCGUCGCCUGUCGACGCUCUAAUCGCUCUUCGUGGCCUCUUCAAGAAGGCCAAUCCGGAGGAGCUCCAAGCCUUGCAAAGUGUACUUAGCAACGAAAGCUCUUCUAACGACUCAAGGCAAGACGCCAUUCGCCUUCUUGAUGAAGAAAUUGCGAGCCGGAAUAUUCAAUGAAUUAUUAUCCAACCCUGGGAAAAUGGCUCCAGCUCAUGGCGGAGAUUCGACCACGACGUUAUCGUUUCUUUUUCUUUUGUGUGCAAAAUUUUAACACGGAUUGCUUCCACGAAGUUGUCACACGCGCAAUUCAUCGAUGGAAACCACUGUAUGUUUUUAUCAGAAAUCGAUUUUUUCAUUAAUAGGAUUCAGCAGAAUUUGUUCAAAAGUGAGUUAUACCAUUAUAAGAAGCUUUUAUUGCCUAAGUUAAA